AUGAAUCGUCCAAACUCGCCUCGGCUAUCAAUAGUGUCAGCGGACUCACCGAGAAAGAAAGGCCCGUCAUCUCCAAGACCACAGCAACAGUUUCCUACAGAACAGGCGGCAGGGAAUACCAGGGAGCCACUGUCUUUGAUAGACAGGCCAGUACCGAGCAAAGCACCGGUGUCACAAUCUCGACCAACACAGGUUGAUCAAGGUACCCAGAUAGCGGAGGACGCCUUUGAGGAUACGCCAGCUCCUUUCCAUGCGCCUGGAAUAGAGCCAGAUAAGUCUGGAAAGUUGCAAACGGACGAGCGGGUGACGAGGCAAACGGCAGACAGAUACUCCCCUCCAACUCACACCGGCGAACUGCAUAUGGACGACGGCAGUGAUACGCACAAGAUUGGAUCGCCAGCUUCGACCACGCUUGUAAGAAGGCCAUCUACUGUUCUAGAACUUCAAGAGGAAGCUGAGAAUGAUACGCCAAAUAAACAGCCCGUGUUUUAUCCAACCAGAGAUUCCAGCAGGCAGUAUCAACCAAGCCAACCAGAACGCAGGGAGCUUGUCAGUGACGAAGACUCAGCUAGUACUCCGAAAGCCGAGGUACCUACACACUUCCAGCAGAACAAAAUCCAGGAGGAACCACGAUCACUUGCACAAGGGCCUGUUGCAUUCCCCCAGAGCACGGUGAAGGAAAGACCUCAUUCUUUAAGCCCGAACAGAUUCACACGCUUCUCUGAGCAGCUAGAGAUACCUGAAUCCCAGAAACAUCUACACCAUCCGCCGCCCAGAUCAGUAUCCCCGGCGAAACCUGCACUGAAAUCAACAUCCAAUUCCCCAUUUGCAGCUCGCCCCGAGAAGCUCUCUUGCCAAUGGGGCAAAGCCGGCAGUGAGACAUCAGACGGGACCUCAUUGAUCUCCGACGACGGCUCUAGGGCAGGAUGGAAAAAGAAACACGCCAAAGUCAGCUUUGAGGAUGAGACCGAGGUCAUAGGACAUGUUCCCAGUCCUCCUACUUCACCGGAAUCGCCAACCCCUUCGAGCCCUCGAACACAUGCCUCUUCUAGACCGUGGAACGACAGCCUUACUCGAACAAAACCUAGAGGCGAUGAUUCAAACGAAUUCGAACAGUUCUAUACGCCAAGGCCAGCCCUGCCUUCGUUUGGUAGCAUACGAGGCCGCAAAUCAUCAAGUACAGGGGAUAUGGGGGCUGACUCAAAACUGGGGACGGGCGCAACACCCUCGCCCGCUGAUCACGCUAUUGGAGAACUCAUAUCUACUUAUAACUUGAGAAACCGGGCAGGGAGGGAAGAUAUAAAGUCGAAUGCGCCCCUACCUCCUGUAGUGACAUCACUAGAAGGCACUGGGUAUAGCUCAUUAUCGGAAGAUAGCUCUAGUGAUGAAGGCGCUGACCUGCGCUGCUUUCCUCCACGUGUUGAUAGCAUGAACGUCCAGUCUACAUCGAGGAGUCUUCCUACCACGGAAACUGGGACGGCCCAACAGCAUCAGACCGAAGCGAGUCAAGGGGGAAGCCGCCUAAGCCCAACGCCCGCCAUAUUCAUUCAACCUGCUACCCCAGCCAUGGAAGAAGUGGCGUAUCACGAGCAACCAUCUUCUCAAGUCCCUACCGCUAGUAACUGUGUACCCAAUACAGGAACCCAAUCGGACCAGCCAAAAAACAGCGCAUAUCACCAAACGAAGGAUGCUAAAUCAUCAGACCAAGUGGAGGAAGAUGAAGAUUCUGAGUCGGGGAAUAGUGUCUAUAGCGAUGCCUACGAAGACCUUUCGGAUAUGGACGGUGACGGCUUUGGCUCGAUUGAUGCAAUUGUUGAUAAAUCCGUGGGCCCUGCACCUGAGCCGCAGCACUCGAAUCAACUGCACCCGCUAGCCGAAGAAAAUGAGCAGAGAGAGGCAACGAUUGAACCAGAUGUUGCAAGGGACUCCCCUCGCGCGGCUGAGACUGUUCCACAAUCAAGGCAACGACAUACCACCCACGACCAGCAAUCUUCUCCAUAUAGACCAUCCGAAGCAGCUGAAAGAUAUGCGAAACACUCAAACAUGCAACCACUGGCUGAUCCACCUAAGCCAUCUGGAAGACCCCUAUUUGAAGACUACCCAACAAAUAAUUCUACUGCUACCCAUCCUUCAGGCUUGAACAUACAUUCUUCUGGGCAGUUCGAUCAUCGCUCACCUACUCUACGGCCAAUACAAGAGUCCAACGGUGUAGACGAGCAGAAGCCUGUCCAUACAAGGCAUAAAGCAGCUCAGGGGCAACAACCUCGAAGAACGAUGUCGAACGCAAGCGACUCGUCUAGUAGCUUUAAGCGGCCAAAGCGAUUUCGUCCAACUGGGAGAUAUACUCUACGAAGAACUAUGAGAGUUGGUAGUCCAAACAAUAGCAUGGAAGUACUCAGUGAUGGUGGCCUACCUUCAAAAGCGUUCGACUAUUCGCUAAAGCACCGACCAUUUUCUAGCGACAGCCGUCCAGCGAUGCGGACAACACUGCGUCAAGCUCCUAGCGCCUCUACGUCAAGAUUUUCUGCAUUGACUGGUCGAGGCAAAACCGCGAAAACGAACAGUUUUCCUAGAAAACCUCAUAAGCCAGGGCUUGAGAAGGCUUUUAGAUCGAGAUAUGAGGACUCUAGCGAUGAGGAAGGUGAGGCUAUCAAGCUGAGACCCGUCCGCGGCAUCCCUAGGAGGAAAAAUGAAGUAGAAGGCGACUCGACCGACCUUGACGAUAGUUCGGAAUACGAAACUACAAGACACGUCCUGAGACGGAAGCGAUCGAGUAGACCGAACUCGAAGAGCAAUCAAGACCCUGCCAUUGCUGCUGCUAUAGCUAAGAUAAUGGCCACGAAGGAUAUCGAGAAUGCAACAGCUUCAGCUAACCACGACCAUGCUAUCGACCCUAAUGUAAAGCAGAAAGGCGGCUUAUUUAGCCGUCUCCACCUGUCAAAGCAUAAGCCACGGCAUAGAGAUUCGAUGAUCCGAAAGCCUGAACUCGAGAGCGAUACCAGAAAAGACACUCCUCUAGAACGAUCCGAACAAGCUGAAAACGCACCACCACCUGUGCCACACGACGCUUUCUCGAAGCCUACGAUAACUACAUCUGUCAAUGGACGUAUUUUAGAACCUUCGGGAAGUGAUUGGCAGUCAAUAGCGCCCAAGCUCCAGAAACGGUCGAGCAAAAUGUCUCAACGACCUGUUUCUGAUUCGUGGCCUCUUCGUUCGAAUGGACACACCGCUUUCGCCCAGCCUCCCUCCCCGAGCGUGGUUGAUAAGAAUAAGUCAACAGCUAUACCUCUCCAGGAUAUAAGCAAUGGCAAGGACUCUCGUCCUCGCCCUACUACAUCUGACGGCAUGGUGACAGAGAACAAAUCACAGCAAAUAAACGAACCAGAAGCCCCAAGCACCCCCUUAAGCCCAUCCCGUGGUGAAAAGUCUGCCUGGACGUCUAGAUUCCGAUCCUCUAGACGUGGAGCAGAUGAUACCCCUACUGCAUCGGCAAUAUCGGAUGUCAACCUUUCAUCUCUGCGAACAGAUGGUCCGAAACGAGAGAAGAAAGGCAGAUUCCCAAAACUGAAAAAGGCAUUUGGAAUUGCCUGA